CUUUUCUCAAAUCAAAAUCACUUAUUUCAUCACAACCAUGUCAGAAUCGUGUUUGCGCUUGCAUUUUCUCUUGGUUCUCUUUCUCUGUUUUGUCUCCGUGUCAAGCAUCUUUAUUCCAAAAUAUCAUGGUUUUGGUCUAGUUGCUUGUCGUCUCCACCAGAUUCAAUCCUUUACGAAGUUCAAGACCGAGUUUGAUACGCAUCGUUGCAACCACAAUGACGACUUUAAUGGAAUCUGGUGUGAUAAUGCGACGGGUGCGGUCACAAAGCUUCAGCUCCGAAGCUGCCUAAGUGGAACUCUUAAGCCUAACAGUAGCCUCUUCCAGUUUCAUCAGCUCCGCUACCUUGAUCUAAAUCAGAACAACUUCACCUCCUCUUCACUCCCUUCCGAGUUUGGAAAUCUCAACAAAUUAGAGGUUUUAUCUCUUUUCUCUAAUGGCUUCAUUGGUCCAAUUCCUUCCUCAUUUAGUAACCUAAGUCUUCUUUCUAUUUUAGACCUUUCCGCAAAUAAGCUCACUGGUAGUUUCCAACUUGUGCGGAGUCUAAGUAAGCUCACAAUUUUACGACUUUCUCAAAAUCACUUCUCUGGAACUCUGAAUUCCAACCAUAGCCUCUUUGAGUUGCACCACCUUACUUACCUUGAUCUAACUGAAAACAACUUCACUUCCUCUUCACUCCCUUAUGAAUUAGGAAACCUCAACAAACUAGAGGUCCUGCGCCUUUCCUCUAAUGGCUUCUUCGGUCAAGUUCCUCCGACAAUUAGUAACCUAACAUUGUUAAGUGAGUUGUACCUUGACACGAACGAGCUUACUGGUAGUUUCCCUCUUGUACAAAAUCUAACCAAGCUCUCCACUCUAAUACUUUUUGAUAACCACUUCUCUGGAACCAUCCCUGCUUCUCUCUUCACUAUGCCUUUCUUAUCAUAUCUAGAGCUUUGGAGAAAUGAUCUCAGUGGUUCUAUUGAAGUUCCUAACUCAUCUUCUUCUUCAAGGCUAAAACGUUUGUACCUAGGUCACAACCAUUUUGAAGAAAAAAUCCUAGAGCCUAUCUCAAAACUCAUCAACCUCAAAGAGCUCGACGUUUCUUUCCUAAACACAAGCUACCCAAUUGACCUAAGUAUGUUCUCCUCUCUCAAAUCUUUGUUGCUCCUAGAUCUUUCCGGUGUUAGGAUAUCUCAGGCUAGUUUAGCUUCGGAUUCCUUCAUCCCAUCAACCCUGGAAGCGUUGCGUUUGAAGCAAUGCAACAUCAGUGAUUUCCCUACCAUCUUAAAGACCCUUGAGAAUUUGGUGCAUAUUAGCUUAUCAAAAAAUAUCAUCGGUGGGAAAGUCCCUGAGUGGAUAUGGAGCCUUCCUCGCUUGAACUCAUUGUUUAUUGAUGGUAACUUGCUAUAUGGCUUCGAAGGUUCGUUGAAAGCAUUGGUGAACUCAUCGGUACAGAUCUUAAUUAUGCAUUCAAACAGUUUUGAAGGAGCACUUCCGCAACUACCACUAUCUAUCAACUUCUUCUUUGCACAAUCCAAUAAUUUCAGAGGCAACAUACCUCUAUCUAUCUGCAAUAGAAGCUCGUUGACUGUCCUUGAUCUAAGCUACAACAACCUCACCGGUCCAAUACCUCCAUGUAUGAGUAACUUCUUGUUUUUGAAUCUCCGGAAGAACAAACUUGAAGGAAGUAUUCCAGACAAGUUUUACGUUGGUGCACCUCUAAAGACACUCGACGUUGGCUACAAUAGAUUAACCGGAAAGCUUCCAAGGUCUCUUCUAAAUUGCUCAUCUCUACAGUUCCUAAGUGUGGACUACAACAGAAUCAAAGAUAGGUUUCCUUUCUCACUCAAGGCUUUACCGAGUUUGCAAGUGCUUAUCCUCAGCUCAAACAAAUUCUAUGGUAGUGUGUCUUCUCCGAACCAUGGUCCUCUAGACUUUCCUGAGCUGCGGAUACUUGAGAUAGCUGGUAAUGAAUUAACCGGAAGCUUGCCUCCAAACUUCUUUGUGAAUUGGAAAGCAUCAUCACUCAAGAUGAAUGAAAAUGUGGGUCAAUAUUUGGUAUAUAAAAAGGUUAUUUACGAUACAUAUUACCUCACAUAUAGGGACUCUAUAGAUUUACCACGCAAAGGUUUAUUUCAAAUGGAGGAGAAGCUCCUUACUUCCUACGCCACCAUUGAUUUUUCUGGGAAUAGACUUCAAGGACAGAUUCCAGAAUCUAUCGGUCUCUUAAAAGCAGUGAUCGCACUCAACUUAUCCAAUAACGCCUUCACGGGCCAUAUUCCUCUAUCUUUGGUCAAUCUUGUGAAGCUCGAGUCCCUGGACCUAUCAGGUAACCAACUCUCAGGGACUAUUCCUAGUGGACUUGGAGGCCUCUCGUUUUUGGCAUACAUAAACGUUUCUCACAACCAACUCAAGGGUGAAAUACCAAAAGGAACACAGAUUAUGGGACAACCUAAAUCUUCCUUUGAAGGAAACGCAGGGCUUUGUGGUUUUCCUCUCGAAGAAAGUUGCUUUGGGACUAAAACGUCGCCACCAGCAAAACAACCUAAAGAAGAAGAAGAAGAUGAAGAAGAGGAACAAAUGUUGAGUUGGAAAGCAGUGGCAAUAUUGUAUGGGCCUGGAGUGUUACUUGGAAUUGCAAUAGCACAACUCAUUGCUUCAUACAAACCGGAAUGGUUCGUCAAGAUAAUUGGUCAAAACUUUUAAGAAUUUUUUUGGUUUUGAGUUUGAUCCGCCAAUAAUGUAUGUCAAGUAUGUCGUUGGUAUUGUAUUGAAGCCUUUCCUUACGGUUGUUGUAUCUUUAUUUGGUUUUUUUUGUUGUAUCUUUAUCUGAUGAUUUUGUUGUAUUUUGUUUCCUAUAAAAUAAAGAAUGGUGAAGUCUCUGUAACAUAUUCAUAUA